AUGGAUGCUAGUUAUUCAAAAACAGUAAGGUAUGUAGUUUCAGCAGGCAAUGUUUAAUGUAUUUGAAAUACAGUUUAUGUUCUUUGAUAUGAUUCUUCAAUGGGAUUCUUCCUCCGAUACCGAUUUCAGAUUCCGAUAUGAUCCUGAAAACAACACUUGCUCAUCCACUGAGAAAGGCCGUCUCUCAAAAUUUAUGACCAAGAAGAACUACAAUCAAAAGACUGCAACUGGCCACAAGAAAGAACUGUCCAGGGUGUUUUCCGAAGACUACGAGGUCGUCGAGAAGACGAUAUUCGAUCCUCGAGGACCCGAUAUUAGCCGAUGGAACAAGCUUUUCUUAGUAGCUUGUUUGAUUUCCUUGUUUGUAGACCCUUUAUUCUUGUAUCUUCCACAGGCAAAGAAAGGCUUAUGCGUGACUGUUUCAUUACCUCUCGAAAUCGAUCUCACUAUUAUUCGAUCGGUAGUUGAUGUGUUUUACGUUCUUCAGAUUUUUAUUCGGUUCCGAACAGCUUAUGUUGCUCCGUCUUCUCGCGUGUUUGGGAGAGGAGAGUUAGUCAUUGACCCUUCCAAGAUCGCUUCAAGGUACCUUCAUAAGGAUUUUUGGCUCGAUAUCAUCGCAGCUCAACCAUUACCGCAGGUAUUGGUUUGGUCUGUAAUUCCAAAAUUAAAUGGUUCGCCGAUGGUGCCUACGAAAAACAUCCUACGAUUAAUCAUCAUAUUCCAAUAUCUCCUAAGGCUAUACCUUAUUUAUCCACUUUCAUCUCAAAUCAUUAAGACUACUGGUGUUGUGACCGCAACAGCAUGGGCCGGUGCAGCUUAUAACUUGAUGCUCUAUAUGCUAGCAAGCCAUGUUUUAGGAGCAACUUGGUAUCUGUUAUCACUCGAACGGCAAGAGGAAUGUUGGAGAAAAGUUUGUAGUCUUCCCCCUUUGGACUGCCGGUACGAGUAUUUCGACUGCCGAUCGGUUGGUGACCCUGCUAGAGCUUCUUGGUUCAAUGCAAGCAACAUAUCAAGUCUAUGUGAUCCAAGCAGUAACUUCUAUCAGUUCGGUAUAUAUGCCAACGCAUUACGUAUCGGAAUAACAUCCGAAGGGUUUUUCGAGAAGUACUUUUACUGUCUUUGGUGGGGCUUAAAAACUUUGAGUUCAUUGGGACAGGGUCUUUCUACAAGCACUUACGUUGGUGAAAUAAUUUUUGCAAUCAUCAUUGCUAUUCUUGGAUUAGUGCUUUUUGCAUUGCUGAUUGGAAAUAUGCAGACGUAUCUCCAAUCCACGACGGUUCGACUUGAAGAAUGGCGGAUUAGGAGGACCGAUACAGAACAAUGGAUGCAUCACAGGCAACUUCCACAUGAACUGAGGCAGAAUGUUCGAAGAUACGAUCAAUACAAGUGGGUUGCGACUCGGGGUGUUGAUGAGGAAAUGAUUCUAAAGAGUCUACCGGUUGAUCUCCGCCGAGACAUCAAGCGUCAUCUCUGCCUCGAUUUAGUUCGGCAAGUGCCCCUCUUUGAUCUGAUGGAUGAUAGGAUGCUUGAUGCAAUAUGUGAAAGGCUUAAACCUUGUCUUUAUACCCCAUCGACGAGCAUAGUUCGUGAAGGCGAUCCCGUAAAUGAGAUGCUUUUCAUCGUCCGAGGCUACCUAGAUUCAUGUACUACUAAUGGAGGACGUACAGGGUUCUUCAACUCGAGCCUGAUCGGUCCCGGUGACUUUUGUGGUGAGGAGUUAUUAACAUGGGCAUUGGACCCUCGUCCAGGUGUCGUCCUUCCAUCGUCUACACGCACCGUUAAGGCGAUCACCGAAGUAGAAGCUUUCGCACUCGUUUCUGAGGACUUGAAAUUCGUUGCAUCCCAAUUCCGAAAACUACAUAGUAAACAACUUAAGCAUACAUUUAGAUUUCAUUCACAUCAAUGGAGGACAUGGGCUGCAUGCUUUAUACAAGCAGCUUGGUUACGGUACAAGAGACGAAAAGAGGCUGAUGCGCUGAAGAAAUGGGAGAGUAUGGUGACCGGUUCACCGGAGAGAAUGGCAGAACAAACGGCCGCUGCACCACUUUCAGCGGCAGCCACUGGUUUUGCCUCAUAUGCGGCGAAACUGGCAGCUAGCACAAGGUCAAGAGGUGGGAGUAGUAGGUGUGGAAAUGACUUCGACAUGUUAAGCACUUUGCAAAAGCCAAAUGAACCUGAUUUUACAGUUGAAAGAUAA